AUGUCACCACCUCUCUCUGGAAAAGUUGCCAUCGUUACGGGCUCGUCGCGCUCGAUUGGCGCCGCCAUCGCUCAGCAGCUCGCAGCCGAUGGCGCUGACAUCGUGGUCAAUUAUGUCUCCAACCCCAGUGCCGCCGCUUCCGUUGUGAAAUCCAUCAACAAGGCCAGCAUUGGCAAGGCUAUGAGUGUGCAGGCCGAUGUAGGGUCCAAGGGCGGUGCACAACGGCUUAUUGACGAGGCCGUGCGAGUGUUCGGCAAACUCGACAUCCUUGUCCUGAACGCAGCGAUCAUGGACAACGCACUUCUAGCAGAUGUCACUGAAGAGGACUACGACAAGCACUUCAACACCAAUGUCAAGGCUCCGUUGUUCAUGAUCCAGGCUGCUGUGCCUUUGAUGAAGGAUGGCGGCCGAAUCAUCAUGCUGAGCACGUCGCUCACGCACAACUCUGUCAUCCCUGCCAACUAUCUCUUGUACGCUGCCACCAAGGGCGCGAUUGACCAGAUGACUCGUGUCCUUGCGAAGGACCUUGGAUCGCGCGGGAUCACUGUUAACGCCAUCGCGCCUGGUCCGAUCGACACUGACCUAUUCCGGAACGGCAAAUCGGAGCAACUCAUCAAUUUCCUCGCGAAUGGACACCCAGCGAAGCGCAUUGGGCGACCAGAUGAGAUCAGUCCCAUCGUUGCGUUCCUUGCAAGCGGGCAGGCUAGUUGGGUGAACGGUCAAGUGAUCAUGGUGAAUGGGGGGUACACCGUGUAG